CUAAGUUCCGUAUCUUUAUUUCUCCAUUGCAAAUGGCUUCUAAUUUGGCAAGGCUUAGCACGGUGUUUCUCCACGCUUUGAUUUGGUCAUUGCUGGCCGCUUCAAGUGUUGGCCUUGCCUCCGACAUCAAUUGCUUGGAAUCUAUCAAAGACCCCUUGGGUGAUCCAUACGGUUAUCUUAAAGCUUCAUGGAACUUCAACAACAAUACAGAGGGCUUCAUCUGCUGGUUUAAAGGGGUAGAAUGCUGGCAUCCGGAUGAAAACAAAGUGCUGAGCACUCAACUAUCCAACAUGAGUCUCAAGGGGCAGUUUCCACGAGGAGUAAGUGAAAUCCCGAAGAGUUUAGCCAAUAUUAGUUUUCUGAAUGUUCUCAAUCUUGACCAUAAUCAACUAACAGUUAUCGUUGUUUUCAUCUUCUGUUAUGUGGUGUGGACACAAAGGAAGAAGAGGAGUAACAAAAGAAAGCAAACUCAACAGAUGGAGGAAAUGCCACAUGUGGAGCUUUUACAUGAAGAAAGCAAAGGGUCUUCUAUCUUGGGGAAACUGGUUUCAAGACUGAAUUACACAGAAAUAAGUGAAGCAACAAAAAAUUUUGACAAGGAAAAUGUCAUUGGAAUUGGAAGGAUGGGGACAACCUGCAAGGCAGUGUUGCCCAACGGCUGGAUCCUUGCAUCAAAGGAGAGGAUUCUGGUUUACAAAGACAUGUCAAAAGGAAGUCUUUAUGAUUGGCUCCAUCCUGAGGAAGGUGAGGCAAGAAUCAUAGAGUGGCCCUUAAGGGUCAAAAUUGCAACUGGGGUAGCAAGAGGCUUGGUUUGGCUCCAUCACGAGUGUAAUUUGUGUGUUGCCCAUUGUAACAUUAGCUCCAAGUGCAUCUUACUUGAUGAGAAUUUCAAGCCAAGGGAGGAUAUCUAUUUCUUUGGAAUUUUGCUUCUUGAGCUUAUCACCGGAGAGAAUCCUAGAGGCAUGACAACAUCCCCAAACACUGGCAAUGAAACCCUAAAGGAAUGGGUUGCACAUCUCUCCGCAAGCUCCAACUAUUAUAGCAUUGUCGAUAAAUCUCUGAUGGGGCAAGGAUUUGAUCAAGAAAUCUUUCAGCUUCUUAGAGUUGCAUUAGAGUGUGUUCAGCCAUCUCCAGAUCAAAGGCCAACAAUGCCUCAAUUGUACUAAACACUAGGUGCUGUUGGUAAGAGACAUGGCCUCUCAACUGGCUCUGAGGUAGUGGCAGACACUGGAGAAGCUUCUACACUCAGAAUAAAUGAAGGCAAUGAGGAUGAAAUCAGAGAGCUUUAAAAUAUCUAUCUUAGCAUGUUUGAUGUGACUAUAAGAAAGAUGAAUGCAAUGAAGAUGUAAUUGUGGAGGUUUAACAAAACAGAACUUCUGUA